UGCUGAUAAAUUAAACCCGCUAACAUCUUAUAAAAACUCCCCAGGGCGAUUUCAAAAUCCACAAAACGAAUUGCGCAUCUGAGAAGAUAGAAAAGAGAAGAGAAAGGAUAGGAGUCGCAUUAUCGUAUUUCGCUCCGAAGAGAUCCGUGGAUUCAUCGUUUCCAUGUCCCAAUUCCCUACGCAGAUCCCUCGUCAGAGUUUACGAUUCUUUUUUUUUCUUUUUUUUUUUUUGUUUUUUCCCCCCUUAAUUGAUGCUCUUUUUCUGUUUCUGCGUAUGGAUCUAUUUGACCUCUUUGGGUUAUAACAUUGGCCUAAAUUGGGAAGAGGAAAACGAUGAUUGCAAGACGAUUGAGUGUUUCAUUAAGAUUUGAUGUUUAUGUUGUUUAUUGUUGAUGUUGUGUUAGUCGUUCUAAUGCUUGUUUUAAUCUGGGGGACUUGAAUAUGAGAUUUUGUUAGAGAAUGAAUUGAUUGCAGAUUAUGUCCGAAUCGUUCAGGUUGGGUUGGAUUUAAUUCUGAUUUUUGAUUUGGCAGAGUCUGCCAUUUUCAAUGCAGUAUGCAUUGUGAUUACUCUUCUUCCUUUGAAGUUAGGCAUUGAGUUAACGGAAAAUACUUGCUGAAUCUGCACUAUGUAACAAGAAAUGGCCCAAUCUGUUACCUAAGUUGUCGAGAUUAUAGGAACAAGUGACAAGGAAAAUUUUACUUUUCCUACCGUGCAUAUUAUUCCAUGCAUCAAACGCGUAGUCGAUUGAGCAUUUUAUGAUGUUCCAGAAAUUCUGCCGUCUAAAUUAAAAGAAAUAGUAUGUUACUUAAAGCUUGAAACUUGUACCGUAUGGCGAAAAUAUACAAUUUCUUCAUUGAAUAUAUCUAUAUGUUCGGUACUUUGGGUGGUAUAAUUAUAAAUCUCAUAUUAGGACUUCCAUGAGUACAAACUGUCUGUCUUGGAAAGCAAAAUUAGUUAUAAUAAUGGAAGGUUUGGGGCGUUUUGGAAACCUUUUCUGGCAGCCUGAUACGGGGAGUGGGCCAUUCACUAAUCAAUCAUUGAACUUGAAAGCACAUUGCAACUGACAGACUUGUGAAUAUCGUUAGGAUGCUCUUAGUUACUAUUAGCACAUUGCAACUAACUGACUUGUUUUAUUCCACCCGUGAUCAACGCAGCGGAUUCAAGUUGUACCGAUGUUAUGCUAGUAAAUGGAAACCUCUUUUGGCUUUUAGCCUUUUCACUGCCUUUUAAUGUUAAUUGGACUGUGGUGGUUCUCGAAAAUGAAUAUAUAUAAAAUUGAGCUCCAUUAGGGUUUAUAUACCGCAGGUUUACCUUGAUGCUGCUAUUUUAGGUUCUAUUUGCAUUAGAUACUCAUAAGUUUCAUGCUACGUUUUACACUUUGGGUCAUCAAAUCGUGAUGUUGAUUGGCCAAUCUUGAUGACAUCAGUCUCAUUCCACAUUUAUUUUUUGCAGAUAGUAAUUUUCAUGUGUAACAUAAUAAUGAUGAGAAUAAAGUAUGACCCUCUCUAGCCUUUUUUUCGUUUGCUUUCUUUAGGGCUUAAAUGGUUUGUACGUAAUAUCUUUACUUUCUUGGUCUUGGCAACUUCCUUGAGUUUGGGCCUCUUCUUUACAUCUGUUCUGUUUUGCUCCAGGCUACAAUUAUUUUAAUUUUGCUUCUCUUGAGGAGCCAACAGACACAAUUUUUCCUGCAAGAAGUUCGCAAUUAUGAGUUUCUCUAGCAAUGUGGAAGAACUUCUGAUUAUUAUUGAUUUGUUGAAGACGGGUGCUCUUAUUGGAUCCUCAGAACUUACAGUAAACAUCUAUUCAUACUUUGCAGUGCACUACUAAGAACAAAUGAAAGCAUGAGGCUUUCUAUUUCGACUAUUAUUGGUGUUAUGUUAGGCUACUUAUUUGGUAUAUCAUUUCCUACAGUUAGUAUAACUAAGCUUCAGUUUCCUUCCAAUAUCAUCUCAUAUAUAGAAGACAGGAAUUCUGGUAUCAUGACGCAGACAUUGCUGAACCAUGCUUGGACUUCCGUGAGUAGUCAUAAAAGAAAUAAUUCUGCUUCCAGCUCAGAUGAAAUUCCUAAGAUUUAUGUUCCUUCAAAUCCUCGAGGAGCAGAAAGACUACCUCCAGGCAUUGUUGUGCCAGAAUCAGACUUCUAUCUCCGCAGAUUGUCGGGCAAUCCUGACGAGGAUCUUGUUAUCCAACAGAAAUACCUUGUAACAUUUACAGUUGGAUAUGAUCAGAAAGCAAAUAUUGAUGCUGCAGUAAAAAAGUUUUCUGAAAACUUCACAAUCCUCUUGUUCCAUUAUGAUGGCCGGAUCAGCGAAUGGGAUGAAUUCGAAUGGUCUAAGAGGGCUAUUCAUGUGGGUGUCAAGAAGCAAACUAAAUGGUGGUAUGCCAAACGGUUCUUGCAUCCUGACAUUGUAUCUCCGUAUGAGUACAUAUUUGUCUGGGACGAAGACUUGGGGGUCGAACAUUUUAAUGCGGAGGAGUAUAUUAGGCUUGUUAAAAAGCAUGGGCUUGAGAUCUCCCAGCCUGGUUUGGAGCCGGAUAGAGGGUUGUCAUGGCAAAUGACUAAAAGAAGAGGUGACGGUGAAGUUCACAAAGAAACAGAGGAGAAGCCAGGCUGGUGCAGUGAUCCCCAUUUGCCGCCAUGUGCUGCAUUUGUUGAGAUAAUGGCUACCGUAUUUUCUCGGGAUGCAUGGCGUUGUGUGUGGCAUAUGAUUCAGAAUGACUUGGUUCAUGGCUGGGGUCUCGAUUUGGCACUACGAAGAUGUGUCGAGCUGGCUCAUGAGAAAAUUGGAGUUGUAGAUGCACAGUGGAUAGUUCAUCAGGUGGUUCCGUCACUCGGGAACCAGGGGAAGGCGGAGAAUGGGAAAGCUCCAUGGGAAGGGGUAAGGGAGCGGUGUACAAAAGAGUGGGGAAUGUUUCAAACGAGGUUGGCAGAUGCCGAGAAGGCGUAUUACAAGGAAAGGGGAAUCACCCCCCCCAAUUCGACAUUUUCUUAGACCACGCAUACUUCAAUGCAAAAAUCAAAUGGUGGCGAUAGAUUCAUGUGCAUGUAGAUUCAGCACAGUUAUGUUAACAUUUGUGUAUUAGUUUGUGUAUUAUUCCGUGUCUGAUUACUAGUUCUGUUCCUCUUUUUUUAAUAUAUAUAUAUAUAUGGCAUAAUUUAUUCUUUAUUUUAA